UGUACUCCGACUUAUUUGGCCCCCCGAUGGGCGAAUAAGGGAUUGUGGAGUUUGUGAUCGCAUCAUGAUCGGGCACAUGGUGAAUUCGGAUCGAAAUGUGGCAUAUAUGUAGUCUCGACUCUCAUGAUCCUACAUACCUUUCAGCAGACGAAUUUCACUCUGACUAUCCUGUGCAUAUGGCCGGUGGCCUCGCGCAGUAUGCUUCAUGCUGCCAGUUGCACAAUCAUCAAAACCAUCAUGGCAUCAGGAAAACUCAAAUCGACUUGUCGGACUCGAGAACCUCCUUUUUGACUUGUUCUUGCCGGUACUGGCUUGUACAAGCUGACAAAUGCACAAUAAGAAGCUUCCAGCCCAGAAAAAAGUUCAAAACAAGAAGGUCCUGAGACUUUCUCGAACUUACUGUCUUUUUUUGGUCACGGCAAGCGGAUAAAAGUGUCCUAAAGCGGGUUUGA